UAAAUUAAUCCACAUUGGUCUAAAUUUAUAGUUUUGAGUGCAAUUAGAGUAUAUAUUGACUAUCACAUUAAAUGUUGUUAAGAGAAAAAUGAACAAGAAAAAAAGAAAAUAAAGGAAGAAAUAAAAGGAAAUACAUCAUCGAUGGCAAAUUCCAAGAAGAGCACAUAAAAGUCUGCAUUUGAAAAAUUGAAACUCACUUGUCCCACAACACCAACUCUCCAUUUCUCAAUUCUUCAAUAACUCGACAAAUUCUUUUUUGUCUUUCUUUCUUUCUUUAUGAAGGUUUUUACCUACAUUUCUGUUCCUUCAACUAAAUAAAAAUCUGAGAAAAAUAAAAAUAAAUAAAAAAAAUCACUGUUUUUAACGAAAAAAGACGCAUGGCCAAGACUAUACAUUUCUCUUCGUUGCCAAGAUUUUUACCUUCAACAUCAAACCCAUUGCACAUUCCUCCUGACAUUUCAAUCUUAUGUCAAAAUCUUUCAACAACUCCCACCUUCAAAACACUUUCUUUGCCCAGAAAUUUUCUGGGUUUUUAUUUUUCCGGGAAAAUUCACGUUGUCGGAGAGAAAAUUAAGGUUCUUGAUGCUUGGAGUGGAGAUGGGUCUUUGCAAGAGUUGGAUGAUUCCCCUGUAUCAAUUGAGCUGGUACCCAUUUGCAGUGAGAGCCAAUUUGAUCGGGUUAUAGCAGAGGCACAGCAACUUGAGGAACCUGUUAUUAUUAUUUGGAUGGCCAGUUGGUGCAGAAAAUGUAUAUACUUAAAACCAAAAUUGGAGAAGUUGGCAGCUGACUACUACCCAAGAUUGCGGUUCUAUUGUAUUGAUGUCAAUAAUGUUCCACACAAGCUUGUUGCAUAUGCUGGAGUCACUAAAAUGCCUACUGUACAGCUAUGGAAGGAUGGCAAGAAACAGUCAGAAGUGAUUGGUGGCCACAAAGCGCAUUUUGUCAUUAAUGAAGUUCGUGAAAUUAUUGAAAAUGAGGGCACCAUAUGAAGUAUGCUAUUUCUAGCUUUGCUCCUUUCAAAACUUGUCUUUUUUCUCCAUGUUUUCUUGAGAAGGAUAUAUUUUCUCCAGAAAGGUAAACCCGGAAAAGUUAUAGCCUCAAGAGAAUGAAGAGUUGACUUGUGUUUUGCAAACCAUCUUGUUUGUAGCAACAAGGAACUCUGCAGUCUGCAGAGAUAUACAAUAAAAAGAAAUUUUGGCUA